AUGUUCACCAGAUCUGUGGCCGUGGCCGCUCUGGCCGCUCUCCCAGCCCUUGCCACCCCUGCUGUCAAUGUCUACUGGGGCCAAGCAGGCAACGUCCGUCUCCGUGACUUCUGCGACCAAGACGGCUUCGACUAUGUCACCAUUGGUUUCGUCAAUCAGUCUCCAGAGAAUGACCCGUCCGGCCUUGGAUACCCGGGCACCAACUUCGGCUCUCACUGUAUUAGCGCCUACUAUAAGAAUGACAAGGGUGACAAUUCGCCACUCCUCAAAGAAUGCGGUUUGAUUUCUGCCGACAUCAGGCACUGUCAGAAGAAGGGAAAGAAGGUGCUGCUGUCUAUUGGCGGCGUGUAUAGUUCUCCUGGUGCGGAUUACAGCAUCUCGAAUGCCCAAGCUGGCCAGGAAUUCGCAGACUUCGUCUGGAACGCCUUCGGCCCAUACAACCCUCAAUGGACACUCGCCGGAAAGCCAAGGCCCUUUGAUGACUACUACGAAGGUGCUGAUGAGGGCGAGGAGUACUUUGUCUUUGAUGGCUUCGACUUCGAUAUUGAGCAUAAGUUUGCCGACCCAAGUGGCUACAUCGCUAUGGUUCAGAGACUCCGUGAGCUUGCCGCCAGCGAUUCAAGCGGCAAGAAGUAUCUCAUUACGGCGGCCCCUGAGUGCCCUUUGAACGACGAAUGGGCGAAGAUGAAGCCGAUCAUAGCCUCUUGUGAGUUCGAUGCUUUGUUCGUGCAAUUUUACAACAACCCACAGUGCCACGGCAACAACAUCAACUUCGAUGCUUGGGCUUCAUGGCUCGAGACCACUAAGAGCAAGAAUGCCAAGAUCUUUAUCGGUCUCCCUGGUUCUGCCACGGCCGCUUCAGGUUAUCUUGACCCCGAGGACGCUGUCACCCAGAUCAAUAAGUACAAGAACAAGGAGGCUUUCGGAGGUGUCAUGGUGUGGGACGCCUACUACGGCAGUGAAGUCAAAUACGGCAAGACUUUCUAUAAGUAUAUUCGCGACUCCCUUAUUCCUCCCGCAACUACCACCACCUCGAGCGUGCUUCCGACAGCCACCCCUGUGUGUGUAAAGUCGUAUACGGUCAAGAGCGGCGACUAUUGUUAUGACAUCGCCAACCGUUAUGGCUUGGACUUCCAUGAGUUGCUGGAAUACAACAACUUUGACGCCGAAUGCAGGAUUGAGAUCGGUCAGGUACUCUGCGUCCGGGUCGGCUACCCUUCGCCUGCGUCAACCACGACCAUCAUCAGCAGCAGCGCCAGCGCUAGCGCGACCUCGGUGACUAGCACCAGCACUGUCAGCACUGGCACCACUACAAGUACCAGCGUGACCAGCUCCUCCAGCACGACCAGCGCGACCAGCUCCUCCAGCACGACCAGCACGACCAGCUCGAGCACGUCUACGUCAAGCUCCUCUUCUGUUGCAUCUUCCACCAGCGCCAUAGAGACUACUAGCAGUACCUCAACGUCAACAGUCAGCACCACGACUACCGAUGAUAUUGUUUAUCCUACGGACGAUGCUACGUCGACCCAAACUACUGCUAGUGAUUCCGAGGAGUUUGCUACCAACACCAGUAAAAAUGCUGCGACGGUGACCGAGUCAUCUGCCACCACCACUAGCACGGAUACUGCUCUCCCAGCCACCGACGAUCCCGUGACCAGCACGUCUAUUUCCAGUACAGCCACUUUGGCUCCUGAUGUCUCUUCAACCACAAGCAGCGCCGGGGCUGGCAGCACUCCUACAGAUGACGACGACGACGAAGAAGGUGAUGACGAGGAAUAUUGCGAUGAUGAGACUAGCACCACAGAGACUCUGCCUUCGGCCACUCAAACUCUCGUGCCUGGCGUGUCAACCUCGACUGCUUCAUCCACUGGUGCUGUCGAAACCACGACCUCGGAUAGCGCGGUUGUAACAGUUUCGGACGAGCCUACCACCACAGGCUUUGUUGAGCCUACGGGCAUUACUUCUGAUGAACCUGCUGAGACUGCCUCAGGCGAGUCGACUGCCACUGCUUCGGGAGACCCCAUUAUCACGGCCUCUCAGAGCUACACGACCUCCACCAUUUACGCCACAACAACUUACACUGUGACGUCGUGCGAGGCUUCUGUGACGGACUGCCCGGCGCGCGUGGUCACCGAAACCAUCGCAAUCUCUACAACAGUUUGUCCCGUCACUCCUACCGGCUCUGAGACGAGUGCGAUCGAGACUGUCUCUUCCGAGACCAUUGCUCCGAAGACUAACGAGUUGCCGGCUGGCUGGACGACCUCGACAAUCUACUCCACCAAGACGUAUGUUAUUACAAGCUGCCCUGUGACGGUUACGGAUUGUCCCAGCAAGAUUGGCCAAGUCACGACCGAGGUGGUGGCUGUUACCACGACCGUCUGUCCGAUUUCAGAGGUUUCCUCUUCUGCUGUGGUGACCGAGUCGCUGGCCAUCCCGACUGCAGUUGCGACAAAGGGUGUUGAGGAUGAGUCUGAGGUUGACACAACGUCGACUGUUAGCGUCACUGCCACCAGUUUCACCACCAUUACAGUUUCGAGCAGUACCGACUCGGUUGGCACCGAUACUGUCAAGCCUGUGCCCAUCUACCCAACUCCGUCGGCUGGCAUCCCGCAUGCUUCGAGUGCUCCUGGCCCUGUCACUACUUUCCCUGUCACCGCUGGGGCCAGCCGCAAUGUCGUAGUCUUUGGCUUGCCGGCCGUGCUUGCGGCUCUGUUCUUCGCCGUCUAG